AUGGAGAGCCGUUCUAUCUCCAGUGGCGAAGUCAUUCGGAGUUCGGACAUGUGGGUCACGUCUCCUCCGCCGCACCCACUCCAGCUCCGGCGACCGCCGCCUCCUCCUUUCCUCGUCCGCCGCCGUAACAAGCGGCUGGAUCGCAUCGCGGCCUCACAGGACCCGCUCACCGCGCUGACCCGCGUGCUGUGGGGUCGCGCGCUGCCACCGGCGCAGCUCGUUCUCGCCGUGCGCCACGGCUGGACCACGGCGUGGCAGCUCCUGAUGCGGCAGCUGGCGCCGUCGGACCCCGCGACGGGCGCCUUCACCCGUACCCCUGCCCGCUUCCCCGCCGUCGCGGGGGAGCCCAGCUCCCGGCUCCACCUCUACGUGGGCCUCCCCUGCCCCUGGGCGCACCGCGCCCUCGUCGUCCGCGCGCUCCUCGGCCUCGAGGCCCGCCUCCCGGUCUCCGUCGCCGUCCCCGGGGACGACGGCGCGUGGUCCUUCACGGCCGGCAGCCCCGACCGGCUCUACGGCAAGCGGAAGCUCCGGGAGGUGUACGCCCUGCGGAGCGGCGGGUUCGAGGGCAGGGCCUCGGUGCCGAUGCUCUGGGACGCCGAGCGCCGCGAGGUGGUCUGCAACGAGAGCAUCGAGAUCGUCAAGUUCCUCUGCGGCCUCGCCGGCGACGGCGACGGUGCCGGUGGCGUCGAUCUGUGGCCGCCGGAGCUGCGCCAGGACAUCGACCGCUGGUACGGCCUCAUCUACCCCAGCGUCAACAACGGCGUGUACAGGUGUGGGUUUGCACAGAGCCAGGAGGCGUACGACGCCGCGGCGAACGAGCUGUUCGGCGCGCUCGACACCCUGGAGGCUCACCUCGCUGGCUCCCGCUACCUGUGCGGCGACAGGCUCACGCUGGCCGACGUCUGCCUCUUCACGACGCUCAUCCGCUUCGACCUCGUCUACAACACGCUGUUCCGGUGCACCAGGCGGAAGCUGGCCGAGUACCCCAGCCUCCACGCCUACACGCGCGACAUCUACCAGAUGCCCAAGGUUGCCGAGACGUGCGACAUGGAAGCCAUCAUGGCAGGAUACUUCAAGACCCUCUUCCCGCUCAACCCCGGCGGGAUCCAGCCACUCCCGCCGGCGACCUGCGAUAGGGAGUCGCUCUUGAGGCCACACGGCAGGGAGGCCUUGUCCUGUGCUGCUGGCACGCCGCUUGAAGCAGCCGGCGUUUCAUAA